GAACUCCAACAGCAAAAACGACCGGAGGAACCGCAAGUUCAAGGAGGCCGAGCGGCUCUUCAGCAAGUCCUCGGUCACCUCGGCAGCGGCGGUCAGUGCAUUAGCUGGAGUUCAGGACCAGCUCAUUGAGAAGCGGGAGCCAGGCAGUGGCACGGAAAGUGACACUUCUCCAGACUUCCACAAUCAGGAGAACGAGCCUAGCCAGGAAGAUGCUGAAGAGCUGGAUGGGUCAGUGCAGGGGGUAAAACCCCAGAAAGCUGCUUCCUCUACUUCUUCUGGGAGCCACCACAGCAGCCACAAAAAACGGAAGAACAAAAACCGACACAGCCCGUCUGGCAUGUUUGAUUAUGACUUUGAGAUUGAUCUCAAGUUAAACAAAAAGCCAAGAGCC